CUCAUCAUUGUUUCCAACAAAAUGAGAAAGCUACUACUAGCAAGUUCUCUUUAUGCAUUCUCUUCAUUUUCUCACAAUCCAACACUAGGAGUAGGAGGACUCAAGGGAUUUGACUCUAAUGAUCCAGAUUGUGUUAUGCCAAAGGGAUUAAUCGGUCUUUUGAGAUGGAGAUUUAUUAGAAACUACCAAACUGUUCCUUACACCAAUCGAACUCGUUUUAUUUCCAUACCAAUUUCUGUUGAGAGGAUAGCUGGUGAGAGAUAUUUUGAAAAACAAAAACAAAGUUUUGACAUUAUGCCUUCAACUCAUCCGGUUACUAUCAGGGUUACAAACAUUCUUAAUCACAUUAUUCAUGCAUUGCAUAAUGAGAAGAACAAAAUGAGCUCUGCUUCUUCUAAUUAUAGUGUUUGGUUGCAUUUAACUCGAAGCUUACCGCCAUCUAUGUCGCAUUUGGAUGGAUUAAAUUGGGAGGUUUUGGUUGUCAAUGAACCUGAAGAUAUUUUUACCGGGUGUUACGCUGGUGGCAAGAUUGUUACCACCAUGGCUUCGGUUUACCAUGGGUCAGAUGCACAUUUAGCAACUGUUCUUGCACAUGAGGUUGGGCAUAUUGUGGCUAGACACCAUGCUGAAAAAGAAACAAGGAGCACAUGGGUUUAUUUUAUACAUGAUAUGCUUAAUCGAUUUGUUACGAUUGAUUUUGCCCAAAGAGUGCUUCCACUUGUCCAACUACUACCCUUCAACCGACGGCUUGAAAUGGAAGCUGAUUACAUUGGACUUCUACUAAUGGCAGCAGCUGGCUAUGAUCCUCGGUGUGCACCUAUAAUAUAUGACGAAUUUGACAAAUAUGAAGAGUUAAAAGAGUCACGCAAUAAAUUUAAGCUCGGAGGUUUCCUUAGUUCCCAUCCACCAGGGAGAAAAAGAGCCCAAGCAUUGGAUCGACCUAGGAUAAUGGAAGAAGCUCUUGUUUUAUAUAAUAAUGUAAAAGCGAAGCGAGGGGAUGAAUCAUAAUAUGCUCUUGAAAUUCCCAUGCAAGUCAGCUUACUUUAUUUUCAAAUCCUUUGAGUUUCAAAUGUAGUCGAGUCGAGGUAUUUGUGACCUGCACUAAAAACUCUACUAUUGACAUAGUUUUUGCUUGUAUAUGUUUAUUUUAUCUGGUAUGGAUAUUUGCUUCCACAAUUUCGAAUCGACAAAAUAGCACAAUGCGCAAACAACUUAUUAAUUCUUAAAACCUUAUCACAUAUACUAUUUUUAGAACCUUAUUAAUUCUUGAACCAAACAGAAGCAAAAAGAUAGCAUACUAGCCUACCUUGAUAUUACUAUAUACAAAUCAUAUCAUCCUAAACCAAAACUACAACACCAGCAAUUAUGUAGAAAAUAGAAUCCCACUCCCU